AUGUCUCCUGAUCCACCCUCUAAAGAGGCAGCCCCAGAGGCAGCUGCAAAUGGCGCCAUAAACGACACUCCAAAUGGAAUCCCAAAGGAAGCCCCAAAAGAAACCCUGACAGAGACCCCCAAAGAAGCUUCAAGAGAGAUACUAAAAGAAGACGCUGCUAAGAGACCGUUUUCCUGGACUCAACCACAUCCCAUAUUCGUCAUCAUCCUUGUAGGUGCCGAUGAGCAACCGUUUGGCAUUCAGAAAGACUUUCUCUGCGAUCGUUCUGAGUUCUAUCAGAAAUAUUUCGAGGAAAAUGUCAAAGAGGCUGCGGUAGAGCAUAUUGUGAAGCUUCCAGAUGCAACGCCCGAAGUAUUCGGAUUGAUACAAAGCUUUCUCUACAGCGGAAAGAUUGCAGACGACAGCACCAACGUUAAUUCCUACGAAUCACUUGUUGGCCUCUGGAACUUGGGUCACAAACUUGCCAUCAAGGGGCUAUGCGAACAUACACUAGAAGCAAUGGUCGAAUGCCGACGAACCACCGGCCGCAUCCCGGCAACGCCUCUCCUUAUCCAGGUCUGGAGAGACACCCCCGAGGGCUCUUCCAUCCGAGUUCUCCUACUGUCUUGGGCUGCGGAAUAUAUGAGAUCUUCAGAUGCAAGAGCAGAGUUUGCCAAAUCAUUGCCCCAAGAAGUGUUGAGUGAGCUCGUAGUCACGAUGAGCUCGUUUGAGACGACAGCUCCUCCAGCCUCAACUCCAGCCCCAGCCCCAGCUACCACUACUGCGGCAGUUGCCGUUGCUGCCGUUCCCCCAAGUUCAAUUAAAACUUCUAAUACCCCUAUCACGACAGUGAUUCGAAAGAAUGUCCAUUAUCUCGAUGAACUGACUGACGAGGAAGCCCUUGGUGCAAAGAAGAAGAAUAGGCGAUCUAGCGGUAUAUCUAGCGACACCAGCUCAAGCCGCAAGCAACAUCGCAAAUCUGGCUCUUCUCCGCCUCUGAAGCCACAGAAGCGACGCACAAAUGCAGCUAUUUUAGAUGGCAAAUCAUUUUCAACACACCAGAAGCUCGACUUUUGUGCCGACUUACUGAAUAGAAUGCUGUCAGGGCCAGGAUUCUGGACUCGUCUUGUCGGGCCUUUCCGGGAGCCAGUCGAUCCUGUCGAGGAUGGCGUGCCAGAUUACCUCGACAAAGUCUCAAGGCCAAUGGACCUCAGCACUAUCAAGCAGAAGAUGGACCAGAAGCAGUACGCAACCGAAGAAGACUUUCUAGUUGACGUGCGCCAAAUCUUUGAGAACUGCUUCACGUAUUGGAAGAAGGGCGACCCGAUGUGGGCGGCAGGCGAGAGACUUCAGCGGACGUUUGAAGAAAAGUUUUCGCACAUGAACAAAUGGAUUGCCAAGCUGGGAGGCGAGGAAGGCGAGUAG